AUGGAUCCCAUCUCGGCGAUUGGUGUCGCGGCCGGGAUCGUUGCAUUUGUUGAUUUUGCCUGGAACCUCGUCACGGGGACACUCGAGCCUGGAAAAUCGGCAUCGAACAGCAUCGCUGACGACACUGAUGUGUUAAACGUCAUCAGUGACCUCCAAGCCGUCAGCUCAGCCCUGCGUGUCAGCGAUCGGAAAGCGGACAACUACGAGUUCUCGGCACACUUGCCGGCCCUUUAUGCCAUUAGCGACGACUGCCACACGGUAGCGACAGACAUGUUGGCGGCUCUCGAGCAGUUACAGAAGAGUAAUACAGACCGUGUGUGGCGCAAGUUGAAGGUCCAAUGGAUGAGGAUGAGGAAAGAGGAGAAGCUCCAAGGAAUGGCCGCCAAGCUCCGGGAUUAUCGCCUGCAGAUUAUUCUUCGCCUGAAUCUCAUUUUGAAUCUCAUUUUGAGGGUCGAACAGCUCAGAGCCGAGGCUAUCAUGAGCAGGAUGGAGACCCUGACUCGGUUCGACUCGCUGCGUGACAAACUGGUAACCGCUGUCUCCAAUCUGGAGAGUCUUCUGCAAUCUGGCUCCAAUAUUACCAGCAGAACCUCUCCUCCUCAAGACGCGGUGACGUCCUUGGAAGCUGUGCGGGAGCUGUUGUUCGGUCUCCGGUCUCAAGACACGGAAAUCCAGAUCCAGCACCAGAUUCUACGCCGGCUCGCCUGCCCCUCUGUUCAUUACCGGGAGGAAGCAAUAGCAAAUGCGUCUGACGGUACGUUCGGCUGGAUUUUCAGCCAUGCCAGCUCCCAGAACGCUCAAGAUACGGGGGGGGCCUCUGACCAGCGGCCUAUGCCGCACCACUUCGGAUUGCCCUUGGAGCAGAACGGCCCGGGCCGUCCCUCGUUAGACGCCGAGCGGGACGCCGAGAAGCUCCGAAAGCUACAGCAGUGGGCACAUCCAAAGCAGAUUGUAAUGGGGCGCUUCUACUUCUGGGCCGCGUCCAACGACGGAGGCCUCACGACUCUGGACGGGCUCUACCGCUUCCUACUCUUCGAAGUCCUCUGGCAGUGCCCGACCUCAUAUCAAAGGUCCUCUGAGAUGUUCCACCUGACCGCCAUGGUGGCGGCGUUUGAUCUCCUUAUCGAGCUCUCAGCGAGCGAAACCCGUCGGUUCUGUUUCUUUGUCGACGGACUCGACGAGUUUGCGGGUGACUUUCUUGCCCACCGAGACCUCGUGCAGAGGCUUCUCAGCUGGGUCGAGUGUAGCCAUGUCAAACUGUGCACUAGUUCCCGGCCAGAGCCAGAGAAUCUGGAGAUGCUUUCGAAACCCCCCAGCUGUCUUGUUUCCCUUCACGAGAUGACGAGGAUUGACAUUCAGCGUUUCAGCCAGGCCAUGCUAGAGAGCGACAGGAAUUUUGACUACAUCAGGGGAGAAUGUCCAGAGCUGGUGCAUCGGAUAGCUGAGAGAGCAAAUGGUGUCUUUUUGUGGGUUUAUCUCAUCAUUCGGCUGCUGUUGGAGUCCGUCGCGCAGCAAGACAGUAUUGAGAUACUUUACGCCAAGCUGGAGUUCGUACCCCUGGAACUCAACGACCUUAUGUUUCAGCGCCUGCUGAAACCCCUCAACUCGAUCGACGAGCUGCGGAGGAGACGUAUGCUCUACUUUGCCCUUACGGCGGCCGAAUCGCCCUCAGUGCACGCAUUCGCUUGGCUAGAUGAAGUAGAUCGCCCCGGAUUUCCCUACUGCCUUAAUAUCGGGUCUUGGUCGGAGGACCAAGUCAAGGCCCAUGAACAAAAGACCUCUGCACUCCUUCAAUACCUCACCAAGGGCCUGUUAGAGACCGUGACAGUCUCCAACGCCUAUCAGCUCGGCUUCUUGCCGUGGGACAACCGCACUCCAGUAUCAGCUAAGCUAUCAUCGUCUUACACAACCGUCCGAUUACUACACCGCAGCGCCUACGACUUCCUCAUCGAACCUGAGCGGCUCGCAGGAUUCAGAGAAGCCUUUAAAAUCCUUGGGCCAUUCGAGCUAGUUGAACUCCGAAUAAUGGUCGCCGAUCUCAUGGUGCUGCAACGUGCGGGCAAAGACACGCUUUUCCGCAAUCUGACGAACCUCUUGCUGGUAAAACGCCAGCACGACUUCCCCGCCGAGGAGUUGGACCGCCUGUUCAGCGUGGCAUCAAGCCUCGAUAGCAAUGGCCGCGCCAGCACUCUACUUCGAAUAGCAUCGGGGGCGGAAGAAGACUUCCGGCAACUCGUGUCGCUUUCCCACCUGGCCGCCUUCUGCAGGCAGUCUCGUUACAUAGAACGCAAGGCGAGGAGUCUCGGGCUUGGUCGGCCCCAGUCUGCUGACAUGAGUAUCCUACUGAGCGCAUUCUUUGGGGGUGGUAGCGCAACGAGCAGAGUCAUUUCUUUGCUGCUACAGAGCGGCGCUUCAGUGACGCAGAAGAUACGGCUGUCGGCGGAAACUGAUUCGUCAUUUGCUCCGGGCGCAUCCAGGUAUCCUCCGUUUGAGCCCAGAGAACUGGUCCCGGUCUGGAUACCCAUCGCUCUUCGCAUUGCCCACUUCGUCUUACACGAGUACUUUACGACCUCUCUCGACAGAGCCGCAGACAUGAUGCGGGCUUUCAAACUCAUCCUUCGGGCGGCUCCGCCUGGGGUGGCGGAUGACUGUUUACUUGAGCUGCACCCCCGAGUUGGAGAUUUAGAUCCGGCCAAAGUGGCGUAUUGCGCGCUGCGAAACUUUGCCAAGAGCCCGUAUCACCCAUUCGACGACGUAUCAUUUGCUGAGACGAGCAGAUCUCACGAGGUCGCCGGCCACCACAGGGCUGAAUGA